UUUUGAUCGACUACCCGCCGUGAUUUUUAACUUAUAUUUUGGACAUCAAAUGGCUAUUCAUCUGUGUAUUUAAAGUCAUGCUUCACUGACACUCUAUUAAAGCAGUAAGCAUACUGUAUACUUUUCGUAGGGGUGAUAUAUGUUAUACGCAGUGUCAUUUUAAUUGAAUAUGGCAAACAAGAAGAAGGUAUGUGUGAUUGGAGCAGGGCCAUGUGGAAUGGCGGCUUUGUUUAACUUUGCAAAGCUGAAGAGUGACAAUGAUGUUGAAGUUGUCUGCUACGAAAAACAGAAAAAUUGGGGCGGCCUGUGGAACUAUACAUGGAGGACAGGUACCGAUGGUUACGGUGAACCAUGUCAUGCCGGUAUGUACAAACACCUGUGGUCAAAUGGUCCAAAAGAAUGUCUAGAAUUUCCAGAUUAUACGUUUGAGAAACAUUUUGGGAAGGCCAUUCCCUCAUUUCCUCCUAGACUUGUUCUAAAGGAUUAUCUUGAGGGCCGCUGGACAAGCAAUGUGGAUCUGAAACCAUACAUAAGAUUCAGCACAGUAGUGCGGCAUGUUGAGUAUAACGAAAUGGACAAAAAGUUCAGGGUAGAGACCACAGAUCUUGAAACUUACCAAUCAUCAAAAGAAACAUUUGAUUAUGUCAUUGUUGCGACAGGGAUUUUCAAUGUUCCUAAUGUCCCGGAUUUUCCCGGACUUGACGAAUUCGAAGGGAGAGUACAGCAUGCACAUAAUUUUCGUGACGCUAAAGAAUUCAAAGGCCAGCGUUUAUUGAUUGUUGGUGCCAGCUAUUCGGCAGAAGAUUUGGCGCUUCAGUGUUUGAAAUUCGGAGCAAAAAGUGUCGUAUGCACAUGGAGAACAAAACCGAUGGGCUUUAACUGGCCGAAAGGGAUUGAAGAAAGACCAUUGGUCCAGAAAUUCGAAGAAAAAACGGCACACUUUAAAGAUGGCUCAAGCGCAGAAAUAGACGCUGUCAUCCUUUGCACAGGUUACAAAUACUCGUUUCCAUUUAUGGAUGGCAAACUUUGUCUGCAAUCGUCACUAUCCCUGUUUCCGGACAAUCUGUAUAAGGGGUCGGUCUAUUUGCUAGGCGGAGAUAACAAAUUAUUUUACAUGGGAAUACAGGACCAGUACUACACAUUUACAAUGUUUGAUGUUCAAGCUUUAUGGGUUUGCAAAUAUAUUCUCGGAAAGAUUGAGCCUAAAUCACCUAGUGAAAUGAAAGCAAACGCACACAAGUGGUGUCAGAAGAGGUCUGAGUUGAAAAAUUGUCACGAUGACAUUGAUUUCCAAACAGAGUUUAUUGCUGAUUUGAGCAAAGGCGUAGGUUAUUUCCCGGAUGCUACAAAGGCAAGAGAAAUAUUCCAUACCUGGGAGCAUGAUAAGGAGAAAAAUAUCGUCACAUACAGAGAUCAAUGUUUCACUUCUAUCUUCACGGGCACCAAAUCACCCGGGCAUACCGCUCCUUGGUGGCAGGCCAUGGAUGAUAGUAUCAAAGCUUUUGUAAAUACAAAAUAAUGGGAACACUUUUGUCAAUGGUGAUUGUUUAUCCUUUGCAAAAAGAAAUACAUAAACAGAAUUUCAUAACUGUUUUAUCAGUAUCCUAAGGAAAUAAAAAAAAAACUUAAUCAUUUAUUGUAAAUAUCUGCAAAAAUGAAAAAUGUAAAACCAAAGCAUGCUUAUGACUGUGUCACUCCAUUUACUUACAAAUCGCUUUUGGUAUGUUUUCUUAACCCAUUACUUCAUUAGCAUUUUCUGAAAAAUGAUUGUUUUCAUUGAAAAACUCCCGUUACAAGUUCAAAUUGCUAUAAAACCACAUAAACUGCUUCAAAACUAAUCAAAUUUGGCACAAAUCUUGACUGGAGCAUUGCCUUUGUAACAACGUGCUCAGGCUUAAAUUUCCUGUUACCAUGGCAACGAGGUGACAUCUCAAAGAUGCCAAAAAUCACUAUUUUGCAUUGGUUUUCCCUUCAAAAUUGAUUUCAAAGUGCUGCAACUUCUCAAUGGGUUGAGAUAGAGUCAAAUCAUUUUCAGUGUAUAUUACACUUUACCUUAUGAUCGAUCUGGGGUCAUUUUUAACCUCUCACAGGUCCAAAAGUUUCCUGGCGAUACCCCUGAUGUAUCUUUUGGUUGGAGGGGACACCGAAAAAGUGGUCACUUUUUAACAACAUUUCUCAAACGAAACAUGUGUUUGGGGUCAAAACAGGAUAUUUUUUCACUAUUUGAGGCCUUAAAGAGAGGGGGAUCGGAGGUGCGUUGUUUCGCGUAUAUACGAGGUAAAGGGUUAACAAAAAUGACGUUUGUAUUAUUGUAUACAACUGCAUUUGUUUAGAUUAAAUGGUCGCAAUAGUGAUUCCAAGGAAAAAAAUGUUGUAAAAUCUUUUAUUAAUUUCUUUAUGUAUUACCCAUAAUUGACAUUCUCAAGUAAAUCAUAGUUAGGAUUUGAA